AUUUCUCCUCCUGGCAUUCCAGCCUCCUGGACCCCAGUAUCUUCUUCAGACUGAGGAUUUGACUUCUGCUUGGUCUCCUAGGGGAAUGGCUAUUUCUGGCCCAUAACAAAGAAAGGGUCAUCAGCAGGACACAGCCAUGAGCCUCGGCGUUUAUUCCUUCCUCUCUGGAGUGCCUUCCCCUACUACAGAGAUUUGAAAGCUUGAACUACAUUUCCCACAGCCCUUUGCAGUCAGGGUCCUGGUUACAAAAUCAGUUCUGUAAGAGAAGCACUUACAUGACGUUAGAAGACAGAAGGCAAACAGGAAAGACCAGUGUCCAGCCUCCCGCUCCAGUUGCAGCAGUGGCUGGAUUCAGCAUCCCCAUGGCCAGCCAUCAGCUUUCUGUGUCAAAAGGCAGCUGUCUCUACGACUGAGGAUUUAGGCCCACGGGGACUGGCAGCUCCCUAAUCCCAUCUUCCCGAUUCCCUGGGUCACAGCUAUGACAACGUGUUCCUGGAGUUAAUUUCCCGUUCCUUGGUAUUCUGGUAGUCAUUCCUGGAGACCCAGACUGGAAUUGAGCCAUCAGCCUCUUCAGAUGAUUUUGUAAAUCUUUAAGUGCCUGUAUUAAAUCCCUUCCUGCUUAAAGUACCUGGCAUGGUUUCUGUUCCCUACACUCAACCUGGACUAGCAAGGAGUCAGUAACAGCUGGAGCAGGUAAAUCCUAAAUCAGAGCAACUGUCUGGGCAUCUCUAAAAUAUAAAUAGCCCCAAGGUCUAAGCGACUUGUCCUGGAAGUAGAUGUUUUCGACCUCAAUCACCACUGUUCUACAGAGCUGGACCAAGUGAUACCUGCCUUCAUUUUAUGUGAUGGUCUUUAUACACCAGCUGUUCGGAAUUCUUGAACCCCAGAAUAAAGGGUUUAAGGAGCCUAGCCACCUAGUUGUUGGCACUUUCUUACAGCAGCCCUAGGAACUAACACAGGCACCAACCGCACCAAGCAGGAUUCUGGAAGCUGAGGUUACAGUGGAGAAGGAAACAGACCAUGGAAUCUGUGAAAGGAGGUAGAAAGUCCAGAUCUGGCCGGGCACAGUGGCUCAUGCCUGUAAUACCAGCACUUUGGGAGGCUGAGGGGAGCAGCUGCUCUGUCCUAUAAGGUGGCGUAAGUAUGGAGAACAGGCCCAGACUCUUCCUAACAGCCCACGGGAGCCAGCAGGAGCCAGCAGGAGGCCAGUGGGGAUGGAGAGAGGAUGGCACAAAGGGACGGCAAGGUCCGGCAGGGGCUGGGAACACUGAGGCAGCCGCAGACUCUACAAGGUCUCCAGGUCCAGCUCAUGACAGUAACAGCAGUGUCACUCCAAAACAACUUUGGCAUUCACACCAGCACCCAUCUGGGCAUCAAAAUCUCGAGGUGACACUGGCUUUGAGGCCAGCCUCCCACAUCUUUCAGAUCAUGCUCCGUGAAUGACCUGAAUCUGCCUGCUGACAUCCUCAGGUGGAAUAUGCCACCAGGGUCCCUUCUCCAGCCCCACCACACUCCGGUCCACUCCUUCCAGGCACCCCGGAACCCCGUCCGACAGCACCGACCCACAGGAUGUUCCAGGACCAUGGAAGUGCUUUAUGUCUGUGCUGUCUAAUACAGGAGUUAUUGAACACUA